GAACUUGACAGUAUUAAAAUAGGAUAAGUGGUUGUUCUAUUAUUCGCUUCUUCUAAAUUAUUGAUUGGCUUUGCUCGAACUGACCGCAAAGCGGAAUAAUCUGUUGCUCGUUGUGUUCGACGAUAUUCCCCUUUCUAAAUGUUUAAUCGAGAUAGAGAGCACAGCAGAGGCCGCCGUGGAGGGAUAGGUCGUGGCAGCAGUAGAGGAGGCAGUGAUAAUGCUCAUGGAAACAGCAUUAACAGGUUUGGCAGUCGAGGCAGAGGCACUAGCAACAAUCUUCGUGGCGGUAUGAAGGCCAAACAGCCUGGUGGAACACUCAGGAAGCUCAACUGGGACAUAAGAUCCUUGGAACCCUUACGCAAAGAUUUCUAUGUUGAACACCCUGCAGUCAGAAACAGAUCCAAAGAAGAAGUGUGCAAGUUUAGAGAGAAUGCUGAGAUAACUGUGAAAGGUGACAAUGUACCUAAUCCUAUACAGUACUUUGAGGAAGGAAAUUUCCCAGCUUACGUGUUGGAAGAAAUACAGAAGCAGGGCUAUGCUCAGCCUACGGCGAUUCAAGCCCAAGGAUGGCCUAUUGCUCUCAGCGGCAGGGAUUUAGUCGCCAUCGCUCAAACUGGCUCUGGAAAAACACUUGGAUAUAUUUUACCAGCAAUUGUACACAUCAUACAUCAACCACGUCUCAGCAGUGGCGAUGGUCCAAUUGCUUUAAUCUUAGCUCCCACGAGAGAAUUAGCUCAACAGAUUCAGGAAGUAGCUAAUUCUUUUGGGGAAACCGCAUCUGUGAGAAACACUUGUAUUUUUGGCGGUGCACCUAAAGGACCACAGGCGCACGAUUUGGAACGAGGUGUUGAAAUAUGCAUCGCCACACCUGGUAGGCUCAUCGAUUUCUUGGAAAGAGGAACGACAAACCUACGCAGAUGCACAUACUUGGUAUUAGACGAAGCAGACAGGAUGUUGGACAUGGGCUUCGAGCCUCAGAUAAGAAAGAUAAUCGAACAGAUUCGGCCCGACAGACAGGUUCUGAUGUGGUCAGCUACAUGGCCUAAAGAAGUUCGAGCUCUAGCUGAGGACUUCUUAACGGACUACAUGCAUCUAAACAUUGGCUCACUGACUUUGUCAGCAAAUCAUAAUAUCAUCCAAAUAGUGGACGUCUGUCAGGAGUUCGAGAAGGAUUUAAAAUUGUACAGGCUGCUCGAAGAGAUAGGAAAUGAGAAGGAAAACAAAACGAUCAUCUUUGUGGAGACGAAGAGGAAAGUAGACGAUAUUACAAGGAACAUCAGGAGAGAUGGAUGGCAAGCGUUGAGCAUCCAUGGUGAUAAGAAUCAGCAGGAGAGGGAUCACGUAUUGCAGGAAUUUAAAAGCGGAAGGGCUCCUAUUCUAGUAGCGACAGAUGUGGCUGCUAGAGGCUUAGAUGUGGACGAUGUGAAAUAUGUGAUAAAUUUUGAUUAUCCGUCGUCAUCGGAGGACUAUAUACACAGGAUUGGUAGAACUGGACGGAGGAGGCAGACUGGGACAGCUUAUGCGUUUUUCACGAGCCAUAACAUGAAGCACGCGGGGGAUUUGAUAGAAGUAUUGAAGGAGGCAGGACAGAAUAUAAAUCCACGGUUGACUGAGAUGGCAGAGUUGGCCAAGUCAGGAAACUUUGGGAGUAGAAGCGGUAAACGAUUCAUGGGCAGCGAUAGAAACAGUGGAAGAAGAGGAAACGACAACAGGGGUAGAGGAGGUUCUUUGAGGGGAAGAGGCAGUCGCGGUGGAAAUUCUUAUCAAUCUGCUUCGAGUAGUUACUCAGGUUCAGAUAAUUAUAGCAAUUAUAACAACAUGAAGCCAAGUAACUCUAUUAAUCAGAAUACAGGAUAUGGAUACAGUACGCAGAGAUCGUACGGACAGAAUAAUUUAGCUCAGAGUUAUGGCGGAGGAGACAAUUACGGAAAUACUUAUCAGUACAGGGGGGUGACAUACUAAAGUUACAUUUAUGAUAUCAGGAAAACUGAUUUUUUUUUUAUUAACCAGUGUCGAUAGUAACAUAUUUAGUUGAAUUUGCGUUAAAAGGAAAAUAGAUCAAAGUGAUUAAACGGUGCACAAAGCAUGAACCCUACCAAAGAUGUUAUGUAUUUCUUAUAUAUGAUAGAAACAAAUAUGCUAGUCUAAUUAUAGUCGAAAUAAGAUCUAUUAAAUAUAUAUAUAUAUAUAUAUAUAUAUAUUUAAAAGAAAUUGCAGAAGCGAAGAAAGUAGAAAUGAUUGGGAAGGUGUUUAAAAUUUGCAGGACAUUUGUAUGAUAUAAUUUAUUGCUGUUUUAGCAUCCUUAAUUGUAGUAUACAGGGUUUAAUUACGCGUGUAAAGUAGGACAUAUGUUUCUCUUGCACGUGCUGUGUUAAAUAUAAAAAAAAAGAAAUUGCAGGAGACAAGGAUAAAUGUUUUUCGUGAC